CCGCCUGACCCGCCGCUGUUUACAAACGUCGACAGUCCGACACGAGCCCUUAAAAACAGCCAGGGAGAGACCGCUGCGGGCUUUUUUCUGUCCCUAGCCUUCGUUCGUAACAUCUUUGUUAAAUGGUGUUUCUCUACAAGGGUAACUUUGCAGCAGCGGUAUGACGGAAGUAACCACAGGCCCGCGCGCAGGCUCGGAUCCAACUUGCUAGCAGACACAACUUUUUUCAUUUGGAGGCUUGGUGGUGGAGAAUCACGAGGCCGUGACAUAUUCGCCUCAGGUUUCAUAGGUUGCGGUCAUGCAGCACACCAACUUUGAGACUUGCCACCCUCUCCAGACAGACGAGCAGCAGGAGACGAGCUUUGACCCACUCCACAGCUUCAACAAGAAUCGUACCCGAGGAUCUCUCGAUAACGGCACUCAGUCACAGCCUCAGUCUACUUUUGUCUCAUACAGGAAAGAAUGGGACGACUUGUUCCUAAACAGUAAUUACCUGGCCAGAAUCCGGCAGGCGGGCAUCAACGGCCAGCUGAGGAGCAGCCGCUUUCGCAGCGUGUGCUGGAAGUUAUAUGUUGAAGUUCUUCCAGAAGAUAGAAGUCAGUGGAUCAACAAGGCGAAGGAGUUCCGAACCCGGUAUGAAAAGAUCAAAGAGAUGCACAUCACCAACCCAAGAAAGGCUGCAGGCCAGCAGGACCUGAUGGUCAACAACCCACUGUCCCAGGAUGAGGGGAGCCUGUGGAACAAGUUCUUCCAGGAUAAAGAGUUGAAAGGAAUGAUCAAGCAAGAUGUGUUGCGAACGUUCCCUGAGAUCCGCUACUUCCAAGAUGAGGAUGUGAGGACCAAGUUGACAGAUAUUCUCUUCUGUUAUGCCAGAGAAAAUGAACAGUUACUGUAUAAACAGGGGAUGCAUGAGUUGCUGGCUCCGAUCGUCUUUGUGCUGCACUGUGACCAUCAAGCUUUCCAGCACGCGAGUGAAACAGCCAGCCCCAGUGAGGAGAUGAAGUGUUUGUUGAAUCCGCUGUACCUCGAGCACGAUGCAUACGCCAUGUUCUCUCAGCUUAUGGAGACGGCAGAACCGUGGUUCUCAAUCUUUGAGAGAGAAAUCAGAAAGGGUAAGGAAGAGAUGCUGACCAGCAUCCCAUUUGCCCGGCCUCAGGAUACAGGACCUCCUGUUGCCAUAGUGACCAAAGUCAAUCGCAUCCAGGACCAUUUGGUGAAGAAGCAUGACGUUGAGUUGCACAUGCACCUCACCCGGCUGGAGAUCGCCCCACAGAUUUAUGGGAUCCGGUGGGUGCGCCUCCUGUUUGGACGGGAGUUUCCGCUUCAGGACCUACUGGUGGUGUGGGACGCGCUCUUUGCUGACAGCAUCACUCUGGACUUGGUGGACUACGUCUUUGUGGCCAUGCUGCUAUACAUACGAGACGCGUUGAUUGCGAGUAACUUCCAGACCUGCCUGGGCCUCUUAAUGCACUACCCUCCCGUAGGAGACAUCAACGCUCUACUGCAAAAAGCUCUGUUCCUUCGAGAUCCCAAAAACAAUCCUCGACCUGUCAACUACCAGUUUCAGCAGAACUUAGAUUACUACAAAACAAGAGGAGCUGAUCUGGUGAACAAGACACGUUCCACUGCAAAAGCAGCACCUCUCAACAUCAACAAGGUGUCCAGCAGCCUUCUGAACUUCGGCAGGAAGCUCAUCGCUCCCGCCAUGUCGGGUGUCACAUCAGUCAACAGCGAGACGAACUCUGCCUCCUCCUCACCUGCCUCUGCGGUUCCUCCUCUGCCACACCCGCUGGCCGAGGCUCCAACAAGCCAUCCCCCGCCGCAGACCCAGAACCACCCCCAAACACAGCACUACCGACUGCUCAAGUCCGAGAGCAUGCCCGUUCACCUCAGCAAAGGUGGAGUGUCUCAGGUUUCUCACCCUGUCCAGACUCAUACUGACACACAAGGCCAAAGGUCCAGGACGGCAAGCUCCUCCCCCAGUGUAGAAAGCUUGUCUGGUGGGCGGGGCCAAUCCACAGCCUCACCCUCACUCCCCCCCUCCAGAGGGAGUGAUGUCAGUACAUCGUCACCGCCCCUCUCCGCCACAAAGAAGGAGUCUUUCUUCAACAUCACUUACUCUCGCUCCCUCAACAAAUCCAUGGGAAGAAAAGAGAUGGAGGAGGACCUGGAAGCUCAGGUGUCUUUCCUGCAAGGUCAGAUCAAUCAGCUGGAGGCCAUGAGCAAGUACUGUGCCAAAAUGAUGAACUCGCACAUCUGUAAGAUCCAGGAGGUUAUUCUCCAGGAACACCUAGAAAAAGAGGACGAGGUCUUGGUGUCACUAGCGGGACUCAAACAGAUCAAAGACAUCCUGAAGGGGGCGCUGCGCUUUAACCAAAGCCAGUUGGAAGCUGAAGAGAACGAGGAGAUCACCAUCGCCGACGAUCACUACACCUCGACAGCGGUAACUGAAAACUCUGAGAGCACAAACAGCCACCAGCAAGGAGGCGACGGUCAGCGGAGCGGAGAUUCUGAUCUCGAUGAGAGCACGGACGGGAAGGAAGAGGAGGAACAAGCGCUGACCCCACCUGAGCAACAGGUGGUGUCUUCUCUUGGCUCGGAAGGUAAAAACUGGGACGACUACAUCCUCGUUCUCCAGGAUGGAGACCUGCAGGCUGCAGAGGGAGGCGGUGCAGGAAGAAGCUCCGGAUCCGAUCACACCCCUCCCCUCCGGCGAGGCCGCGGCCUGGUGCGACUGGAGCCUGAGGGCGCGCCCAGAACAUUUAAUGACCCGCUGAUGGCAGGCACCACUUCGGGCUCCUCCAGCCCGGACGAAGGCUCCACUCACAGCAAGGACUCCGACUUCACCAUCGUGAAUCCGGGCGACUUGUGAGCGUGCAUGUGAUCCUUAUCUGCUCCUGUUCAGACGUCCGGAUCCCAUUUGGACUGCGCUGCAGGAAAAAAACUGAUUUUGGAGAAGCAGGAGGGGGAUUUUUGAAGCAUUGCUGGAGUGACUCUUGGCAAGAAAAAUUGCACAUGUGGACUAUGACACAGUCCAAAAAACCUUGUUUCAUCUGUGCCACUUUAGUCUUGUCUGAACCAACACUGUUUGCUUUUUUCCUCCCCCUUCAUCAACCAGUCAUGAUUGGUUGUAGCACCCUGUUCUGCCAAGAGAGGGCGCCAUCACCCUGCUUACUUCAUGUUUGCUGGAGAGUUGGUCCUCAUACUAAAUUUUAUUUGACGUGGACCAUCUUCACCCAGCACUACUGUACUGACUGGUGCCUGUCUGUCUAAUAGCUGCCUGUCAUCCCACACACCCUGCCAACACUCAAUGUCCUCCUGUCCACUGCAGAGGGUCAUGUUCUUCCCCCAUCCUGAACCAGUGCCUGUUAUUUUUCACUCAACCAAACAAAACCAUACUGUGAUCUUAUGUGUGUCACAUUUUAAUUUUUAUUAAUAAAAUCUUUUACCCUUCAGAUUGCCUCUAUUAAAGUCUUUAAAGUGAUUUCACUGUGGACAUUUUGAUGUAGUAGCUUUUUUUUGUUUGUCAUGUUAAGAAGCUUGUGUCCCACCUUCGCCAUGUAAAAUGGUGCACUCAAAGAAUGUCCUUGUAGCUGCCUAUUAAUUAACUAGACCAAUAAAUCUACCUUGUUCUUGCUA